GUCGGCGGUCGCGACCUGGAAAUGCCAUUGUCACUCUUACAUACCUAGUCGGUGGUCCCCCGUCCAGACGAUUGUUGCAUACACCGGGCCUUAUGAUUGUAGGUAAUCCUCGAAAUACUUCUGGCAUGGACAAUAAAGAUUCCGCUACGGCAUAAGGAGGACGGUUAUCUGUGAUCAUGGACGACGCGCAAGCUCCCGGAGAACUGAAUGUACAGACCGCCGCGCUGGUACCCGACGAGGAGCUAUGGUUCCCCGAUGGCAAUGUAGUGCUCGAAGCGCAGGGCCAUGCCUUCAGGGUAUAUCAGGGGCUGCUCGGCUACAACUCCGAGGUAUUUCGUGACUUGUUCACCGUUCCUCAACCACCAUCUGCGGAGACGUUCGACGGGUGUCCUAUGGUCCACCUCACCGACCAUCCAGAGGAACUGCGUCAUCUCCUACGAGUCAUCUUCGACGGGAAGAAAUAUUAUCCUCACCACGUACGACUCGACUUCAGCGUUGUUGCCGCCCUCAUUCGACUUUCCCACAAAUACCAAAUCCAAUAUGUGCACGAGGACUACCUUUCGAGGAUGAAGUCUUGCUUCUGCACUGAUGCUGACCAAUGGAACGAAGCCUACAUCAAAUACGGCAGCUCCUCGAUGGCAUACGUGAACACGGACGCUAUCCAGGCAGUCAAUAUUGCGCGACUCACCGAUACUGUUUCGAUACUGCCCAGUGCUCUGCUCGUUUGCUGCCAUCUUGAUGCGAACGAACUCCUCAAUGGCAGCCGUCGCCUCGACGAUAACCUCGAACGGCUCAGCAAACAAGACAUCGCGAGCUGCAUCAACGCUCGUCAAGAGAUCCUUUACCAUGCUAUCAAAGCGUCCAUGGAAUUCCUACUCACCCCUGGCAUCCCACACCCAGAAGAAUGUGAAACGCAAGACCGUUGUCGGGACUGCAUCGAGCGAUUGCGCGCAAUUUUCUUGGAAAUGCACACAGCAGGGGGUCUGCUCUCAACGGCCUUCCUCACCCGCACAGCUUUGAUCCGCGGAAAUCGGCUGUGUGGAAACUGCAGAGAUGCUCUCUGCAAGGAUGAGGCUGAGGUACAGCCGCAGAGGCACCUCUGGGCUGAGCUACCAGGGCUCCUGGGCAUAGAGAAGCCAGUCAGAUGGCCCGAAGCCCCAGGCCAAUAAACAACCUGUCCCUCCCCUGUAACCAUGGAGUCUUCAUGAUCCUACUGAUCGUCACGCUAUGUGUUGUGCCAGUGGCCGCAAGUAUGGGUUCAUGAUUACAGUAUCAGUCCGUCAUUGUCGGUAACACAUACUGACCGUUGUAUUUAUUGAGGAUUUUUCGUCGAUCGAUACCAGACCUUGAUCGUUGGACGCAGC